GUCAUUUUGAUGAAUAUUUACCAUUUAAACAUAUAUAUGUUUGACCGCAAGCCAGACGUAUUAUUAGACAGAGAGGAAAGGCUUUGGUAACAAACACCCUUCAUACUUAUUCCCACUUCACAUCCUCGCUCGAGGUGGAUUAGUGCACUUCAGAAGGAAGACGUCCAUUCUACCGUCACCAAUAACAGGCAUCUUAUGUUAGACAUUUCAGAGACGGCACUUGAUUGGUCGGCCGUGCUGUAUACUUGGUGCGCGAGCCACAUCUGACUUUGACGGAGUUCGAUCUCAACUUUUUUUUACGCGGGGUCGUUUAAGAAGACGGACUUAGCGAUGUGUCGCAACAUACUACAGCCCGCCAUGGCGCAGUUAGGAGAGCCGAGCGCCGGAGCAGAUACUUCAUUUCCAAAUUACUCCUAUGAUAUGAGCGGCAAUUAUACUGAAGCUGGAAACCUACCCUUCUCCCUGGCGGCUCCGAUUUUCAUGAUAUGCACCGUCAUAGUGGGGACUCUCGGAAACGGAGGAUUAAUUUACAUACUCUUGCGGAACCGCGACAUGAGAAACAUACCUAACCUCCUGAUUUUGAACUUGUCACUUGGAGAUUUCCUCUAUCUAACUUUCAAUGUGCCGUUUUACAUCGCCACUUAUUUGUCCGGUUCUGUCAAAUGGAACCUUGAUCUGUGUCGAUUUGUAAAUGCUGUGCAAUUUAUUUCACAGGGCGUGUCCGUCUUGACUUUGACUGCAUUGAGCACGGACCGGUAUUACGCAAUCGCUCGACCUCUGGAGCAACGACAGAGCAACUCGACUCGGCGAACUCUCGGACUAGCUGCAGGGAUCUGGCUGCUAUCCACCAUCUUCGCCGUACCAUCCAUGGCACUGGCUACCACAGAAACAGGAGGUUGUUCGUUAGCCUACCAAACCCCAGGAACUAGGGGUUACUACGCUUCACUCUUUAUAUUCUUGUACGUCAUCCCACUUGUCGUUAUAUCGGUGUUUUAUUCACUCACAGCAAUCGCUCUUCUGAAAGGAACCUUCAAACUCGAAUCUCGAGUUCGUCAAGGUGGUAACGAGAAGCGUAUUCGAUCACGGACUCGUCUGGCCAUCAUCAUCCUCAUCGCAGCCGUCUGCUUUGCCAUCUGUUGGUUUCCUUUCUACUUGUUCACUCUCUGGUUCGAGUUCGGUUUCGACCCUAGUCUCUUCAUCAAACCCGCCAUGUUUUGUCUAUUUGAUAUGCACUAUCUGCUACCUAUACUGGGAUCAUGCCUCAACCCCAUCAUCCUCUUUGUCAUGAGCUCCAACUAUCGGCGCCACCUUCGUGACAUCUUCAGGUGCAACUCGACAGCGGCAAAGCGCCACUUCUCUUCAGCGAAGUCUUGGACGAUGAUGUCCCUUCGCACCAAUUCCUACUCAUUAUCCCCGAGCAGUGUGACUGAAAUGCCGACCCGGUGUUCAACCCACCUAUCGUAGCCACGUCAGAGGACAGUUUACAACAGUGAACCACCUGCGAAUUGUGAGGAAUCUAAGAUCAGGCCAUUAACAAUGGAAACACAAAGAGGUAUAACUUUGAAUGAUAAACAAAUUACUGACAUGUUUAUAAAUUGUCCAUUUACAGCACUAUAAACACUGAUUUCUACGAAAGUUUUCUUUUUCUUGUUGUAACGACUGG